ACAGUGAUGAGGAGAGAGAGCUGGAAGAAGAAGAGAUAAAAAAGAAAAAAUAUCAAUUAAAAAAAAAAUAAGUGAGGGUGUAAUAGAUAUUUUGGUGUAGAAGAAUUGCCACAUCAGUAAUUUAACAGAGCUUUUGGAUAUAGAGUAAUUGAAUGGAUCUAUUGGUCUAAAAUUGACAAUACAAAAAUUAAACGUGUGAAAUUAGAAGGACAUAGACCGAAGUAAUUUUUCAGCAAAAGUUCAGAGCAUUUUUUCAGUAUUUAGUCCUAUAUAUAAACACCCAGAGAUUCUGAACAAGUUCAAAACUUUAAACUCUCCACAUUCUGGCUGAAAUUGGAUGCAUAUUCAUGCAUGAAUAUCUAACAAAUCAAAUAGACCAGGAAAAGGGCCGGUUAACAGUAAGUUUGAUUGUGAUACAAGGAAAAUGGAGCACACUGCAGGAAGCAAAAAGUUACUGCCUAAUCCAAUCUUGCUGCAAGAUGAGGAAUUGUACAAGUGCUUUCUUUGGGACUGCACCUGAUGCAGGUCAGCUAAUGGCCAUGCUCUUGAAACUUGUGAAUGCAAAGAAGACAAUUGAAGUUGGAGUUUUUACUGGAUACUCUCUUCUCCUUACGGCUCUCACAAUCCCUGACGACGGCAAGAUUAUAGCCAUAGAUAGAGAUCGUAAAACAUACGAAAUGGGCCUCCCUAUCAUACAAAAAGCCGGAGUUGAGCACAAAAUCGACUACAUGGAAUCCCUGGCUCUGCCUGUCCUUGACAAUCUCUUGGGAGAACCAAAGAAUGAGGGUGAUUUCGACUUUGCAUAUGUCGAUGCUGACAAAGAUAACUAUUGGAAUUAUCAUGAGAGACUGAUGAAACUGGUGAAGAUUGGUGGGAUUGUUAUGUAUGAUAAUACACUAUGGGGAGGGGCAGUGGCUAAGUCUGAAGACGCUGUUCCGGAGACCAAAAGAAAGUUGAGGCAGGCUACAAUUGAGUUUAACAAGUCAGUUUCAGCUGACCCUCGAGUUGAAAUCUCUCAUGUUUCUGUAGGAGAUGGAAUCAUCAUCUGCAGACGCAUUUGCUAAGUUUCUUUGAUCUUUUAUGAGUGAUCAUAACUAAAUGCUGAAUAAGUACGUGAUUGAUAUAAGGUCAGCCUCUUCUUUACAAACCAUAUCUUUCUAUUCA